GUUUCACCCAGCCAGUCACUUUGCAUUGAACAAUGCUAUCGUCUUCUCAAAUUCUCCGGCGUUUCUGCUGCUUCACAUCCGUCAAUUCUUCUCCUUCUACGGCUGCUUAUUCUCCAAAUCUCACUUCGCGAAAGAAGCGUCUCGUAUUUUUGGGAUCCCCUCAGGUUUCUGCCUCAGUUCUUGAUGCUCUGUUCAAUGCCUCUUCUGCUCCAGAUUCAUUAUUCAAGGUUGCUGCAAUUGUUACCCAGCCGCCUUCAGAAAGAAAUCGAGGCAGAAAAGUGUUGCCUUCUCCCGUUGCACAGCAUGCUAUGGACAAAGGUUUUCCACUUGAUUUGAUCUUGACACCUGUAAAAGCUGGUGAGGAAGCAUUCCUGUCAGACUUUAAAGCUUUGGAGCCUGAACUUUGUAUCACUGCUGCAUAUGGGAAUAUUUUACCCACGAAAUUCCUGAAGAUUCCAUCAAUGGGCACAGUCAACAUACACCCAAGUUUGCUCCCUCUCUAUCGUGGUGCCGCACCUGUUCAGAGAGCUCUACAGGACGGUGUGACAGAAACAGGAGUAUCAUUAGCCUAUACGGUGCGCCAACUGGAUGCUGGUCCUGUUAUUUCUUAUGAAAAAGUUGAAAUUGAUGAUCAAAUAAAGGGAGAUGUCCGUUGGUGCUCAGUUAAUACCUGGCGCGGCAAUCCCAUUAAUAUUCCAGCACCUGACUUACUUGAGUUACUGUUUGCUCGAGGAUCCAAACUCUUGAUCCAUGAGCUUCCUUCAAUACUUGAUGGUUCAGCUAGAUCAAAAGCACAAGUACAAGAUGACUCUAAAGCUACAUUGGCUCCCAAGAUAACUCCAGAAGAGUCGUGGAUGUCCUUCACCGACGAAGCCACAGUCCUUCACAACAAGGUUCGUGCAUUUGCAGGGUGGCCUGGAACUCGAGCUAAAGUUUCAGUACACGAUCCUAGAAGUGGUCAGCACAACAUUAUAGAGCUGAAAAUCAUCACUACAAGGGUUUAUCAAAACAAUAAAAUUGAGGGUGGCGAAGCAGAUGAUGUGUUCUUUACUCAAGGCUCAUUGGUAUUCCCGUGUGGUAGGGGCACAGCACUGGAGGUAUUGGAAAUCCAGCUUCCAGGUAAAAAAGUUGUGAAUGCAACGGCAUUUUGGAAUGGUUUGAGAGGUCAAAAACUAAAGAAGUUGUAAUCACUGACAUUGCUUCAACAAACUGAUGCUAAACUAGGCAUUUUCCAGCCACUUAUCCGAGCUGACUUUACAAAAGUUUAAAUGCUUGUAGCCACCCGUGACGAACACCUUGGAGACACAAGCGCCAUCAUCUGAUGAUUAUUUUUCACUUGGUGUUCUUUCCAGUUAAAUGGAGGUAUCGAAACAGAACAUUCUUGAAAUGGUUCACAACUUGGUUUUCUUUUAUUACUUGUUUUAUGUAAAACUGAGAAAAUAUUACACACUUAUUCUUCUAUGAUAAAAGGAGGUGAAGAUAUGUAUGGUUGCUGAAAGCAGACUAGCCAACAUUGGCUUGUUUAUAUUUGUUUCUUUGCCUGGAAAAUGUUUUUAUUUAAGUAACUUAUUAUCGAUUUAUUUA